UUGACAAUGCCAAAGAUUUAUUUCAUUCCUAUUUCAUACACAUUUGGAACAAAGUUAAACAUGAAAAGGUGAUAAACAAGGGUUUAACUGCCCUUAGAAAUAAUAUUAUGAUACAUCAGUGGGUGUGAUAGGACUUGUUAAAACAUCUAACUUAUGGCCAAUACUCAAAACAAAUAGAAUUGAGACCUUGUAACUUUCAGGGCGUGAAUUCAAGAAGUCCCAUCUCCAUUUCCUACUGCUCUGAUUCUCAGACUCUCUUUGUGCCUUUUCUGUUUUAGGUACUCUGACAUGAGGUGAUGUGUGAGUCCUUGAUGAAGAAAUCAGACGGUGGUGCUUCAGUCUAACUCUCCAGUGGCUUUACAGCUCAAUAACUACUGUCAAGGUGUCUAUGGACCAGGCACUCUGCUAUUCAGUACCCAAUGGUGGUUGUUCUAGGUCGCUCCCAGGUGUGGAUCCCUUUAAGCAAAUGACUGAAGCAGAACAGUGCUUGAAUACAGAAAACUUCCUGAGUAUAUAAAAAGAAAAAACAUACUAUCUGCAGGCAAUGUCAUCACUCUGCUUUGUGAUGUGGUUAAACCAGGGGUCCAGGCUGAUGAACUUGUUCUAUCACCACAACACAGGGCAGCCAUGAAGUCUGCACCAUCACCCUCUCUAUCCUCCGCCAUGAGUGUAUCUGUUAGCUGAUAGUAUGUCAUCAACAGCACAGUGGCAUCUAGCAUCUGCUGCUUCACCACCUCAAUAAAACCUAGCUGGACUAUUCGGUCUGUGUUGUGAAAAUGGCAGAAGAGAGUUUCCAGCUCAGACCUGUCAACAGCAAAGAGUGCGCAGAGGACAACAAGCUCCAUCCAGCUGAUUUCCCAAUACAAUCACUAGCAUCCCUCCAUCUCAGGGACAAGGCUGUGGUCAUCAAUGAGAGCGCCAACCAUAUGGGAGAUAAUCCAGAGCCCCCCUCUGUGUUUCCCAUGAUGAUGUCAUCAACCCUUAACCAAUCACAACAGCAGACAGACAUAUCCAUGACUACUAGGCCUGAACCUUCACCAGCAGAUCAAGAGUUCUUGGAGCGUGAGGUGGGCCAAAACGACAGCGGGGCACGGUCCCACAACCCGACAGCGUUCCUGCAGGACCUUUCUUCCCUUCUUGAUCAUGAUGAUGCGUUUCCAUCCUUGAGAAACAACGUCACCAAGGAAGAUCUUCAACCUAAGAACAACAUAACCAAAGCAAUGGCAACGUGUGACUCCAGUUCUGAUGACAAUUACUUGUCCAAUGCUGAGUGGUACUGGGGCAGCGUCUCAAGAGAGGAAGUAAAUGAGAUGAUGAGAAACACUCCUGAUGGCACAUUCCUGGUCCGAGAUGCUUCUAGCCGGGUAAAGGGGGAAUAUACUCUGACACUAAGAAAAGAUGGUUCCAACAGACUGAUAAAGAUUUUCCAUCAUGGGGGAAAAUAUGGCUUCUCUGAGCCACUGGCCUUCCCUUCUGUGGUGGAUCUGAUCCAGUAUUACCAGAAUAAAUCACUAGCCCAGUACAACUCCAAACUGGACACACGGCUACUUUACCCCAUAUCCAGAUACCAACAGCAGCAGGUUGUGAUGGAAGUUGACAUUAAUGCAGUUGGAGAACAGCUGAGGAUAUUUCAGGAUCAAUACAAAGAGAAGAGCAAAGAGUAUGACCGCCUGUUUGAGGAGUUUAACCAAACCUCCCAGGACCUGCAGAGCAAACGGACAGCCAUUGAGGCUUUCAGUGAAAUCAUUCGGAUCUUUGAGGAGGAAUGUGAAACUCAAGAACGCUACAGCAAGGAAUACAUCAACAUGUUCCUCACAUUAGACAGCAGUACAGAGACCGAUAAGAUUCAAAGCAGCUCUGAUGAGCUGCAGUCGAGGGUGGAGGAAAUCCACAACAGCAAGAAGAAGUUGGAGGAAGACCUGAGAAAGAAGGCGCUGGCUCACGUUGAGGUCGACAAGAAAAUAAGCAGUCUGAAGCCUGACCUUGUGCAGCUUAGGAAGAUCAGAGAUCAAUACCUGCUUUGGCUCACCCAGCAAGGUACAAAGCAGAGCCAGAUUAAUGACUGGCUUGGUAUCAGGAAUGAAGAAGAGGACCCGUACACCCUGGCAGAUAAUACGCAUCAGGAGGAGACGAGUUGGUACGUUGGGGGCAUGAGACGAAAGGAGGCAGAGGAGCUGCUGAGGGGGAGGAGGGAUGGGACAUUCCUCAUCAGAGAUAGUCAGACUCAGAGAGGAUCCUUUGCCUGCUCUGUUGUUGUGGAUGGGGAUGUGAAGCACUGUGUUAUCUACAGGACGUCCACAGGAUAUGGCUUCGCUGAGCCUUACAACCUGUACUCAUCACUGAGAGAGCUAGUUCUCCACUACCGACACACAUCCCUGAUCCAACACAACAAGCAGCUGAAUGUAACCCUGGCCUGGCCCGCUCUCAGCCAGCAGCCCAGCUGAGACACACCAGCACGCCAUCCUCAUGGCGCUUUCCCAAAGCUUCACUGUAUAAGCACUGAGGACGCACCAAUAUGGACACUGUUACCAGGCUCUAACAGAGCACCGGUUAGUGUUGUCACUAUACAAGAAUUUUCACAAACAGUUCAAUGCUAAGAUUUGGAUAAAUAAUAAUCCUGCAUUGGCAUGAUGUCACAGCAAACAAAAAACACAUCACUGAACAACAGUCACUGAAAUGCUUUGCUAAGAUACUUGCAGCAGAUUUUCAGCCAUUUAUCCACACUAGUUUUAAGGUGGAUUAGGUCAUCACCAGCUUUGUUAGUUAAACGCACAAUAUGUAAUUUUCUGCUGCUAGGUAACUCUCAAUCAAAACAAUAUCAAAAGCUGGAGGUUGGUGAUGUUGUGAGUUGUUGUCUUCAUCACCAGUGCCGUCAUCGCAGUCAGCUACCCCCGGUUUGCAUUCCUUCAGUGUCAGUUGUUCAGGUUUUUACCAGGAGCUGAAUCAUGCUAAUGUUUGAAGCUUGUUUCUCUGAUAACUUAUGAUCCAGAAGUCCAAUGGCUAAAAUCCUUUAUCCGGUUAAAAUAUAUAGUUAAAAGCAACCAAGAUUGAAAAAGCGUAAUGUUAAAAUUCGGCUUAAAACUGGAUAAAAAUACAACUUUUACUGCUUCUGACAGACAUCAACAACGUUGAUACAUGAGCAAAGGGGAUAUGAUGCCAUUGACAGGUUGAAAAAGACCUUGAUAAAAAUGAGAGUUUUCUGUAGGUUUAAAAAUUGCUGGAAACAAUUGGGAUAAUGCAAGUAGAAAUCAAAAAUAUAUAUAAACAUAGGCUUCGUUGUUUUUAGACAUUUUAAUGUGAAAAAGUUACAUAUUAUACCUUUAAAUACAAAAGUUGAAUAUUUAGCUCCUAGCAUCAAUUUUUUGAAAAAGCCAGACUGCAGCUCUGUUCUAAUCUAUCUAUCUAUUUUUUCCGUAUAUGAAAAUCUCAUUUACUUGCCCUUUGUACAUACAGCUUGCAAAAUACAGCUGGGAUUAUGUACUUAGUGUUAAAAGAAUUUAACACUGAAUUAAAUCUUUCCCAGCAGCACUGAGGUAGUACUGAAAUAUUACCUCAUCACAACAACACUAGUAUUGGUAUCAGCAAGUUUCUAAAACCUGUGAGUAUUAAACUUGCAAAGCCAUUGGUUUUUCAUAUAUUUCUUUGAUGGAGAGAUAAUGAUGAUGGUUAUCCACUAAUCCAAACAUUAAAGUUUGGAGUCCUGAAAUGUAAGCACAAGAAAUCUUAAAUAUUUUAGAAGUUGAACAUAAAUUUUCAGUAUUAAAGUCUUUAUCUCUAGAUUUGGCCACUCUUGCCUUAUAAUGUACCUCAAAUAUUUCUAAAAUAUUUUUAACCAACAACCCAAGUUAAUGCUUUGUAUUGUGCUGUAUUGGCGUCAGCAAGUACUGAGCGGUCUGAGCCAAAUUCAUUCAGACCAGAUUGCUGGUUGAAACCUUUUAUUUCAGUCAAACAGAUUCUUGUUGGCACUGAUGUGAAUUUUUCUGUUUUCACAUUGGGGUUUCUAUAGGAACUCAAGCACUGAAUGGCUAAUUAGAAUCUUGCCAUGUUUUCAUUAGGGUUGGGCAAU